AUGAAAGGUUCAAGAUUCAAAGGAGUUGUGGGUCAAAAUAAUGGUCAUUGGGGUGCACAAAUAUAUACAAAUCAUCAAAGAAUUUGGUUAGGUACAUUCAAAACAGAAACGGAAGCAGCAAUGGCAUAUGAUAGUGCUGCUAUUAGAGUACUUGGACAUGAACAUGAACAUGAACAUGCACAUAGAAAUUUGGCAUGGACAAAUUCAACAAUUCAAGAACAAGAUUUCCAAACACAAUUUUCAACUGAAGAUAUAUUGAGGAUGAUUAAAGAAGGUUCAUAUACUUCAAAGUUUGAUGAGUAUUUGAAAGAGAAAUUUGUACAUCAUUUUCAAUCUUUGAAAACUUUACCAACAAUGGCUGAGGGUAAUGGUGCUGAAUUCUCAUACAAGCAACUUUUCCAAAAGGAGCUAACUCCAAGUGAUGUUGGAAAGCUUAAUAGGCUUGUGAUCCCAAAGAAAUAUGCAAUGAAGUAUUUCCCACAAAUCCAAGAUGAAGAGAUGAUAUUUUAUGAUACUUCAAGAAAAUCAUGGAAGUUUAGAUAUUGUUAUUGGAAAAGUAGUCAAAGUUUUGUUUUCACAAAAGGUUGGAAUAAGUUUGUGAAAGAUAAAGGUUUAAGAGCAAAAGAUACACUUGUUUUCAACUUGUGUGAAUUCAAGAAUGUAACAAAAGAGAAUUGCAAUGCCUUUGUGAUUGAUGUGGUGAAAUGUAUUGAAGUUUUGCCAAUGGAUUUAACACUCAAUCAUCAACAAGAACAAGGACAAGUUGAAGAAAGCAUUGGUGAUAAUGAAGUGAAGAAAAAAGAGUUUAUGAGGGCACAAACAUUUGAUGAUCAUGAUGUCAAUGAUGCUUUGGAACCAAUUUGGCUUUUUGGGAAGCAAAUAGGUUGGAGAGAAACAAAAAUGGCAAUGGAGUUCAAUAAAUACUCACCGCGAUAGCGUAAAGAACUUUUAUAUUAUUAGAGUUUUCUAAAUUUCGUCUUUUUAUGCAAUCAGAAUUGCCAAUUACUUUAAUGUUCUCUUUUAGGGGGUAAGAUUUUUUCUAAGCUUUUUGCUCUUAGAAAUUGAUCAUACCCUUAAAUGAAAGUAUUGUUUUUAACAUAUUUUUGUUAGAUUUUGAUACUCUCUUAGUCACUAAAGUGCGCAUUAAGAAAAAUAAUGAAUUUACGAAGUAACUCCUAUUGAUUAGACGUUUUUGAAGAAUUGAGGAGUUUGCGAAGUAGCACUUAAAUAUGCGAAUAUAUUUGAACUGUUAUUUUUGGACAAAACUUUUUUCGAAUG